UCGUCUGGCCCCGCGAACCACUCGAUCCUCGCGCGCGCGCGCGCCUUUCUCUAUAUGCAUACAUGUGCGUACGGUUGGAUCGAUACGAUCGAUGACACGAGUCGUUGUUCUGAUGGUGUGCGCUUGCGCUAGGUGCGGAAGUGAUUAGGAGAGGGGACUCGUGUGCGACGAGAGUUUUCAUGAUUGACACUGUCGCCGAGGACUGCGUUUCGAGAUUUCGAGGAUAAAUACACCGUCUUUCGGCAUUUCCAGAGAUGACAGGUGGCGGUACCAACAUGGCGUACCGCGGCCUCAGUCAGCACGUAAACUUCGACACUAUCCCGGACCCAGAGGAUCGUUUUGCCCUCGAAGAACUCAUCGGCGAGGGCACCUACGGUGAGGUGUACGCCGCUCGCGACAAGCAAACCGGCGAACACGUUGCCAUCAAGAUCCUCGAGAAUGUCGCCGAUAACAUCGAGGAGAUCGAGGAAGAGUUCCUGGUACUACGAGAUCUCAGUAUGCACCCAAACAUACCAGCCUUUCAUGGUAUCUAUCUCAAGCGGGCUAAGCCUGCUCAGGAAGAGGACCAGUUGUGGUUCGUCAUGGAGCUUUGUACGGGAGGUUCAGUGACAGACCUGGUUCAGGGCCUAAAGAGGCGCGGAAGCCGUUUGACCGACGAUCAGAUAGCCUACAUCUUGAGGGAGACUGUCGAGGCCUUAAUCUACUUACAUAACAAUCAUUGCAUGCACCGCGACGUCAAGGGCCACAAUAUCCUAUUGACCGAGGAUGCACGCGUCAAGCUUGUCGACUUUGGCGUCUCGUCACAUUUGGCGGCUACCCACGUCAGAAGGAACACCUCAGUUGGCACGCCUUAUUGGAUGGCACCGGAAGUGAUAGCAUGCGAGCAGCAGUUGGACUCAUCUUACGACUCACGCUGCGACGUCUGGUCCGUCGGCAUCACCGCUAUCGAGCUCGCCGAAGGUGACCCGCCCAUGUCCGAAUUGCAUCCGAUGCGAGCGCUUUUCCAGAUUCCACGUAAUCCACCUCCGGCUUUAAAAAACCCCGAUAUGCACGUAACUGAGCUCAACGAUUUCAUCGCCGAAUGUCUGGUCAAGGAUCUAGAACAUCGCCCUUACGCUUGUGAGCUCAAGGAACAUCCCUUGUUGCUCAGCAUAGAGGAUCGCCUUGAAGAGAUCAGGGCGCAGCUGCAGGAGGAGAUCCGUCGACAACGAUCCGAUGGACGAGUUCAACGACAGCCGGAAGUGACCACGAAACAUGGAAAAUUGAAGACCGAUCGAAAGGCGAGGCCUGAGAAAAUGUACAUGGACGAUUUGGCUGCUCUGGAUCUACUAUCGGAAGAUGCGAUUGUCGAUCAAUUACAGAAUCGCUAUGAGAGAUCACAGAUUUACACCUACAUCGGAGACAUUCUUGUGGCCGUCAACCCGUUUACAAAUCUCGGACUCUACACUGGCAUGGAGCAAAGACGAUACAAAGGCCAAGCCCGGUCCGACAACCCGCCACACAUAUUUGCCGUAGCGGAUGCUGCGUACCAGGCGCUGUUGCACCAGCGCCAGAACCAGGCCAUCGUGAUCAGCGGUGAGUCUGGCGCUGGUAAGACCGAAUCUGCGAAUCUUCUGCUCAAGCAGCUGGUGUACCUGAGCAAAGCUCCCAAUCGCAAUCUCGAGGAAAGAAUUCUUCAGAUCAACCCCAUCAUGGAGGCUUUUGGUAAUGCCACCACCGGUAUCAACGCUAAUUCCUCGAGAUUCGGAAAGUAUCUUGAUCUGACCAUGACGAGAGGUGGAAAGGUCACUGGCGCCAGGAUCGCUGUAUAUUUGCUUGAGCAGUCGCGUGUCGUCGCUCAGGCUGAGGAAGAGAGAAACUUCCACAUUUUCUACUAUAUGUACGACGGCCUGGAGGCAGACGGUCGCUUGGAGGAGUUCGGCCUAAACCCGGAGUUGCGAAAGAGCCACCGCUAUUUGGCCGAUAAUACCGACACCUCGCAGACUCACAUCGACAAGUUCCAGCAGCUUAAGAUCGGUUUCAAAGUUCUUGGAUUUCAGGAGGCCGAAGUCGACGCUGUCUAUAGCGUCCUUGCUGCCAUCCUGCACCUAGGUGACAUUGAAUUUGUAGAGAUCCUUUCCGAGGACAACACUGAUAACAAGAGCGCUGUUGUUGACAAUGCACCGGUAUUGCGAGUCUCGAAAUUGCUGGGAAUCGAACCGGACGAUCUGGUCGAAGCCCUCACUUCGAACUCGGUAGUGACCCGAGGCGAGACCAUCACUCGCAACAACACCGUCUCGGAGGCAUGUGCAGCUCGCGAUGCUAUGGCCAAGGGUCUUUACGGUCGACUCUUUGACUGGAUGGUCAACCAGAUCAACUGUCUGCUGAGCUUCAACCGUUCGCCUAACUACGAACCCUUGGCAAUCGGUUUGCUCGACAUCUUCGGCUUCGAGAAUUUCCCGAAGAACUCGUUCGAGCAGCUCUGCAUCAACAUCGCCAACGAGCAGAUCCAGUACUACUUCAAUCAACACAUCUUCACCUGGGAACAACAGGAGUACAUGGCCGAAGGAAUUCCCGUCGAUCUUGUCGAAUUCUCCGACAACCGACCCGUCCUGGACAUGCUCCUGAGCAAACCUAUGGGACUGCUGGCGUUACUGGACGAGGAGAGCCGAUUCCCUCGAGCCAACGACAGAUCGUUGAUUGAAAAGUUCCAUAACAACAUCAAGUCCAAGUUUUAUGUACGACCCAAGUCCGAUGCUGUCUGCUUCGCCAUCCAUCACUUCGCCGGUCGAGUUGUCUACCAGGCGGACGGCUUCCUCGAAAAGAACAGAAACUUCCUGCCGCCGGAGGUGAUACAGCUCGUGCGUCAAUCUCACUUCGACAUGGUACGAUUCCUGUUCCAGUGCCCGAUCACGAAGACCGGCAAUCUCUAUUCCGCGAUCCACGACACUGACUCCAGGAAAUUGUCACCUUCGGGACACAAUACAAAGGAACGAUACUCAAGCCGAGGAUUAGCAUCGCAGUCACGUGCUCAGCAGACCGUAGCGACGUACUUUAGAUACUCGUUAAUGGAUCUACUUCAAAAAAUGGUAUCUGGAUCGCCGCAAUUCGUAAGGUGCAUCAAGCCAAACGACAACAGGAGUCCCAAGUUUUUCGAUAAGGAGAAAGUUAUAAAGCAGUUGCGCUACACUGGAGUCUUGGAAACGAUUAGGAUCAGACAGAAUGGGUUCUCUCACCGAAUACCUUUCAACGAGUUCCUCAAGAGAUACUGCUUCUUGGCUUUCGGUUGGGACGAGCGCGUGAUCGCGAAUCGCGACAACUGCCGGCUGCUCCUGGUUCGUCUGAAGAUGGAUGGCUGGGCACUGGGUCGCACCAAGGUCUUCCUCAAGUACUACCACGUCGAAUUCCUGUCCAAGCAGUACGAGGAGCAGCUGAAGAAGAUCGUGAUGGUACAGGCCUGCGUAAGACGCUGGCUCGCCAAGAUCCGCUUCAAACGCGAGAAGUGGCAGUUAGCCGUGUCAGUGGUCACCUUGCAGCGGCACAUUCGUGGUUGGCUGGGCAGGAGGCGAGCGGUCGAGGCUAUCAAGCAGAAGAACAUGGCUGACGAGGCAAAUAUCUUGCAAAAGGCUGCUGAAGAAGCCGCAGAAAGAGUCAAGAGAUCAAGGGAAGCUUCACUGGACGUUGACGGUCAUCCACCGAAUGAAGAGAACGCAGCUGUCGUCAUACAGAGUCACUUCAGGGGCUACACCAUUCGCAAGAGAUUCGGCUACGAGUUGGAGGAAAGAUACAAGAGAAUUCUGAACGACUACGACGACAAGAAAGAGGCUCACCAGGCACUGCUUCGUGAAGGUCUGAAGAACGAAGACGCCGCGCUCAUAAUCAAGAGAUGGUACAAGACGGAGGAGCGAGUCAGAAAGAAGCCUCCAGCUAAGGAUCCGAUUCAUCCCAAGCUGAGACAGGCGGAACUUAUCAACUUCUCUCAGACUGUCCACAUGAAGAACCAGGAGGCCCACAAGUACCUUCGCCGCAACAAACCUGGGAUCCGAUUGUCCGACGUCGAAGACUUGCCAGAGGACUACGUGAGACCACAAGGUUUCAACAUGGUCCCUUCGAUUUUGCAGUACCGUAACGGCAAUCAACCCGAAGCCGAGGAAACCGUCAAGUAUUACCGCGACUUGAAGGAAGAAAUGAGCAGACAAAAUGGAGAUUUGAAUGCCAAAUUUUCCCAUGAUUUUGGCACUCGCAUCGGAAGUGGUUCAGACUUCGAAGAAGAAGAAGCUGGUUGGGACUUACCGUUGAUACAGCUGGAAAAUGACCUUCAACCAUCGUCGAGGAACCGCAUGGGUCAGGUACUAGAACUGAACGCGGAGAGGAGGGAUCGUCUCCAGGCUCAUGGCGACUACACAGUUGCCCCGGAGCAACAGCUCUCGGACAUCUGGCACAAAGCUUUGAAAAAUCCGGCCGAAACUCAAGGGGAUACCUCUGCGAAGUCAAUCAAUUCAAGGACUAAUGACCUGCGUAGAAACAUGCGAUCCUCGCCGGAUAAUAGAGCACCAUCAAGCAAGCAUCAACUGCCCAUUAUCAGCAACAAUUCGUAUCUCAACACUCCAAAUGGCAUACGAGUCGGAGCUGGUUUCAAAAUCGACGGGUUGAACAUCAAAUCGAACGGUAUUAACGGUUUAGCAAACAGCAAAGAGCAACAACGCGAUAAGCUCAAGCAGCAAAAUAUUUCAAGGCCAAACAACGGCAAUGAACGUAAGAGCGAGCUCAGUCGAUUGCCGAAGACCAAACUGGUCGAUCGCCUCAGCAGUCAAGAGAACAACAAAAACAAUAGUAAUCAUAACAACAACAACAAUAAGAUCAAUAACAACAAAAUCAACAACAACAAUGGCUUCCCCGAGAAAAACCGACAGAAACCAGUAGUGGCGCGCAACCUUGUCAACAGCAGGCCAACCCUGGCUGUCAAGUCCAUCAACGAAACGAUGGGCAUAACUCCGGAUCUCAGAAAGCUCCUACGGCCCACUGUCACCAAAAUCAACGAGGAUAAGAGGAAACCGAGUCCAGUCCAGCAGCAACAACAGCCGCAUGAUGGCGAGGACAUUAACGGCCCAUACAACUUCCGCAAACUGCUGAGGCCCGCCGAGUAUCUGCCCACAGAGUCGCUGCGCAAGCGAAAGGGUGGACUGGCCUGCAACGGUGCACCUAUUGCCAAAGACAAAGUUCCUGGGAAGCACGUGAAGAGAAGGGCACCUCUGGCGCCCAAUGUCAACGGCAAAAUCGUCGUCAGUCGAAAGUAGGAUGUCGUGCUUCGUUUUGGAACUAUCUGGGGCAGCGAGAUGAAAGCUUGGUUGACACAUAUUUUUCGUUUGUUUUUGUUCUUAGAGUAAUAUUAUUUUGUAUUUUUCGUUGUAAGGCGUUAAUUUUUUUUCGUUCAGAGUGGAAAUAUUCGUUGAAUACAAGCAAUAUAACGGUUAUUGGUUGCCAACUGUGAUUACUGCGAAAUUAAUUUGAUAGGUUUAUUAGCUCGUUAAAUAUGUUAGGUUAUUUUUCGCUUGAAAAUGCAUGUAUCAUUGUAUCGAAGCGUUACUUUGAAUUAUAUCAAAAAGAAGGUUCGGUCAUAAAUUAAAGUGCGCAUGUUUAGUACUAGUCAUUUUCGAUCUAAACAUUCUACUGUAUUCGCCCCGUAUAGAUACAAUUGAUCAUUGUGUUCGUUAUGCACUAGUUAAUAGAGAUGUUAUACGACAGUCCUGUAGACAUUUACAUAAUAAUGCAUUACUCUCGUAGGACAGCUGCUAGCGAGACUUUUCGAACCAAAAAUCAGUCGCAAUAAAUGAGAAAAGAAGUUUAUUUUAUUAGAACUAUUAUUACGUAAUGUAUAAGAGAGAAGGAAGAAAAACUAUAACGUAUACUAAAAAUGUUGCCCUAAUAAUAUUUCAUAGUUUAUUAUGACGUUGAUUUACAGACUUUAAUACCAACAACAUGUGUCGUUGCGAUUUGUGCAACGAUCAUUAUCGUUAUUAACAUUACAAAUAUAUACCUACAUAAAAAUCAUGAAGAAA